CCGCUAUUCACUUAUACAGAAUUCGCAUCCGGUUAGAAUAGAACAUGCGAAUGCUAACAAAAACAAUGUUUACCCAAUCGUGUCUGAAGAUCAUACCAGCGAUUUAAGAAAUAAAUAAAUUACUGGUUUCGAACGCUUAAAGUAUUGCAAGGAUAGUGUGGCCUUAUGAACUCUGCUGCCAGACAGGACAAGAUGUCUGAAGUUUCCAACAGAAUCCUCACUUCCUUGGUUUAAAUGUUCUUGUAGACUGAGCGGGGUCUUCUCUCCUGGUUUUUGGCCACUGCCUGAUUCUUUCCAAUGGUGUAAGUGCCAUCUGAUGACACAAUUUUUGAUGGCACUUCCACUUUUGAUGUUGCAUUAAGGAAUUUCAUCUGCUUGACUGACAGCUAAAGAAAUGCAAGAGAUGAAUGGCAACUUGAAACUGAGCUAGCACAAGAAUGUCUCGUGUGACGCAGGAGGGCAAAAGCUAUCACAAUGAAAUUUUAAAACCAAGGAAAAUAGUAAAUCAAAAUGUUGUUUAUAGGUUGUACCACAGAGAAACUCACAUUGGUGCACCAGGGACCCACUUUCAUAAAGCCAGAAUAUUUCACACCAAUGUUUUUCCAAAUUUCACUGUUGUGAAUGUUGAGAAACCACCGUGUUUUCUGAGGAAGUUUUCCCCUGAUGGAAGAUUUUUCAUCGCCUUUUCAGCGGACCAGACUUCUAUCGAGAUUUACAGCUUCGAAGGUUCGGCUGCUGCAGAGACUCUGAUGAGGAAUGUGAAAGGUGACAUUGCUGCCUCAAGCUCAGAUACAGAGUCUAAUGAGAUCAAAGCAAAGUUGUUUGAAAAGUUCUUCAAACUGAGGUGCACAUCACUUGUUGCUACAAAUGGUGGCCACCUAAAUCGUGAGUGCAGCCUUUUCACAGAUGAUGGCAAAUUUGUGAUAGUUGGAUCGGCGCAAUACGUCCCCGAGGAGCCUCAUCCCCUGUUUUUCGAUACGCACAGAAAUAACGAAGCAGUGAAUGCCACACCUCGGUCACCUCUGGAAGAUUACUGCCUCCAUAUUGUGGAACUAGAAAGUGGGCACCUGUGUGAUUUUAGGAGUUUCAAGUAUGAUAAAAUAUUUUUGUCCCACAACCAGGGCCUAUACUUGUAUAAAAAUACUCUGGCUGUAUUAUCUGUGCUACAGCAGACAAUUCACAUAUUUCACGUGACUCCAACCGGGGAGUUUAUAGACGUUCGAAGUAUAGGCAGAUUCUGCUACGAGGAUGAUGGCUUGUAUUUUGAUGUCUUUCAAGAAUCCAUGGGUCGCAGUUCUCAGUCACAGUACAUGGAGAAGACCAUGAACUCUCUAAAACAGCGCUUGCUCGUGUUCCUGUUCAUGAAGGCCAAACAAAGCGGCUCUGCCUAUGAGCUGCGCAGGUUCUACCAAUACUUCGAGCAAUUCGCUGCGCUAAAAAUGUGGAAAAUGCAGCUUUUAGAUGAGGCACAUUUACUGAUAAAGUACGCCAGUGAAGACGUAGUUACUCUGAAAAUCACUGACCCUAACUCCCAGCCUUCGUUCUUUGUGGUAUACAACAUGGUGGAGACGGAAGUGGUAUCGGUGCAUGAGAACACUAGUGAUGACUUGUUGAUGCUGUUUGAGAACUUCUGUGACAUGUUCCGCAAUGCCACUCUGCACACUGAGGCCCAGUUCACGUGUUCGUCCUCCAGUAAUCUGUACGCACGGCAGAUACAGCAGAGGUUCAAGCAGACCAUUAUUAAUGCAAAGUUUGGUGGAAAUACUGAGGCUGUAAAGCGGUUGUUGGCCCAGCUGCCUAUCAGUGCCCAGUCCUACAGUAGCAGCCCCUAUCUGGACCUGGCCCUCUUCAGCUACGAUGAUAAGUGGGUCUCGGUCAUGGAGAGACCCAAACCCUGCGGAGACCACCCCAUCAGGUUCUAUGCGCGGGAUUCAGCCUUGUUGAAGUUCAAGAUCUACGCAGGCGUCACAGGCAAGAAUCCCCCACCAACAGCCCGGCGUCUCGUGGCCUUCACCUUCCAUCCUAGCGAGCCCUUUGCCAUCAGUGUGCAGAGGACCAACUCUGAAUAUGUGGUCAACUUUCACAUUAGACAUGUUCAUGUGCCAAAAUAAUCACCUUCUUUCUAGAGUUUAAUGUAGAGAAAAGAUCUGUGAAUAGAUGUCUGUGCAGUGCCACAGAAUGCAGUAAUAGUCACACUAGUAUUGUUAAUAAAUAUAAUUAUCAUCAAUAUCUGUUUAAUGUCUUUUUUUCUUGUAUGGACUUUUUUAUUAUGUGAGAUGACUUGUUUUUGGUUUAAACCUAUUUGUUAAUCUUUAUUGCUUUUUUAGCAUAAGGCUAAUGGAAAAGCGCUUGAGUAAAUUUCAAGAACACUCAAGAUGAAAAUUGAAUGUAGCCUCCCUGUUGCUAGGCAGACAACACAUCUACUACAAGACUGCAACCUUAAAGUCUUGAUACUGUAGGUAAAACAAUCCUUAUUAUGAUUUCAUUUCGCUUCAUCACUAAAUAUUUAAGAUCUCUUGUAAAUUGAUAAUGCAAUCAAGUUGUUAUAAAAUAAUAAAUUUUAGUGGAAACUUAAAACCUUUUGAUGUACAAAUGUAGAGAUGUAUAUAAAUUGGUUUGUUUGAUAUAAAUGUCUAAAGUCAAACGUCGCAUGUAUCUAAUUAAUUUGAAAUGUAUUCUUUACUGUCCAGAAUUAUGUAAUGGAAGAGUUAACAAAUAAUGCACAUCUAGUCAAUCGUUUUGCAUGACCUUUUUAUUUGUUACCUUGCUGACUACUUCAAUGAGUGUUCUAUUGGUUUGACACUUAUUGUGUUAUUUUUGUUGUGAGUAUAUUAUGUGUUACUUCAUUUGCGUGCCUAUUGGAAGGAGGCUCAUGAAGGUUGCUACAUUGUAUUGUAUGCCAUAUAACGUGUUUCAUAGGCGUCAUUAAAUAAAUGCUGCAUAUGUUA